AUGGACGAACUUCUCAAAAAUAUAUUAGAAUGCAUAGAAUUUGUGUCAGACUACGCGACUGCCGACCUCGCAGAAAUUACAGAAACUUGGGACCGAUGUUCACAAACACACUCCGGUCUUGUGGAAAAAAUCAACCUGACAUGGAGGUAAAUAAUUUUUAUUUUGCGAAUUCUAAAGAUAGAUUCAAAGGCAAUUAAACAAUUAAAAUAUUUCAGUUAAUUAUUAUUAAAAAAUUAGAUUUAUAGUAUUUGAUAAAAAUAUUCAAAAUUGAGUAGCCAAAGAUGUUUAUGCUACCAAUAAGACUGAUAGAUAGAUUAUAUUUGUGAAAGUAUGAAACAUUUUAUAAUUUUGAAAGUAAUUGGGUACCUAGAUUUUAUGUUACUUUUUGUGAUAUUAUUUUAAUUUACCUCGUUAUUGCAGAGUUUCCCUGGAGGCAGAUUUUUUGGAAGAAUUUCCUGAUAUUAGAACUAAAUUAGCAAAGAAACUGGAAAGGUUUUCAAAUGAACAACUAUCAGUUUUACAUUCACUUAUGUAAGUAAGUAUCUUACCUAAGAUUAAUUAAUUUAUAUUUUGUAAUGAUAAUUUUUUUGUAUUUUGUUGAAUGUAUAUUUUUUAUUAGUAAACGUGUUUCUUGUAAAAAUGAAAGUUUAAAAACUAAAUUGGAAAAAAUCAACAACAGACUCGAACAGAUAUCGUUUGAAGAACACAAUGAACUCAAACAUUCUGUCCGUGAACACGUAAUAUGGAUAGAAAAUUGUUGGAUGAGUUUCCAUUGCUUGUAUCCUUUGUAUACAAUACCAACAAUUACUUACAUUUAUAAAUUUAUAGAUAUUUUUAGAUUCUUUAACUUGUUCACUUCAGGUACUUGCAGAUAGAAUUUGCAAUGAUGUCAUUGCAGGUAUUAGAUGAAGAAUCCGCUUGCAAUCUUGUCGAUGCAAUUAAACAAAGCGAAGAACACAAAUUAACCUUGAGAAAAUCGCAUAGUUAUACGCAGAGCUGUUUGAGUUUGAUUAAGUUUGUAGAAAACAAGAGUAAAAUAAAAAUAAAUGUAUAA